UGGGACAGGCAACCAGAGGGGGUUGGGAAAAGAGGGAAACAAAAUAUUGGGGCAUGAUCCACCCUUGUAAAGGUUGGUGAGGAGUAAGCACAGAAGGGGCCUUUUAGCUGAGACAGCUCUGAACUGUCACUCUCUUUUCUCCAGGAUGAAAGGGGAGACUCCCGUGAACAGCACCAUGAGUAUUGGGCAAGCCCGCAAGAUGGUGGAACAGCUAAAGAUUGAGGCCAGCCUGUGCCGGAUAAAGGUGUCCAAGGCAGCAGCAGACCUGAUGACUUACUGUGAUGCCCACGCUUGUGAGGAUCCCCUCAUCACUCCUGUGCCCACUUCGGAGAACCCCUUCAGAGAAAAGAAGUUCUUCUGUGCCCUCCUCUGAGCUACUUAGUUCCCACUCUCCUCACCUUUCCCUCUCUGUCCUUCCUUAGGUCGGUAACUGUGGAGACCUUCAGAGGCUCCCCGCAGCCCAUUCCUACCCUUGCCCCGCCCUGUGAGGUUAUCUGAAGCACAAGACCCUGCUCACCCACAUCGACCCCUCUCCUCGCCCUCUGCGGCCAACCCCAAGCAACCCGUGACUAGGGCACUCUUAACUCUACAAUCAGAGAGGUUUCUGCCAAACUGCCAGCGUCCUGUCCACGUCCCUCUGUGACCCGUUCGGACAAUGGAGAGAGGGACGCGCCAGGUGCCUGCUCUCAGUCACACCGGGAGCUACUGGAAGGUUAAAGCCAUUUAAAGAAUAAAU